AUGAAUAAUUACGAUUUAGCCGAUCCUCAGUUCAACCAAUGUAAUAAAAUUGAUAUUUUAUUAGGUGCAGAUGCCUACAGUUGCAUAUUAAAAGAAGGCAUAAUGAGAGGUCCAGAUAGAGGUUUAAUUGCGCAAAACACCAGCAUAGGAUGGAUAUUAUCAGGUGCUGUAAACAGAUCAAACGAUAUUUCAUAUAGGACAAAUUCUAAUAUAACAGUAAUGCAUACCCAAAUGAAAGAAGAUGAGAUUCUCAAACGAUUUUGGGAAAUCGAAGAACAAAUUAAUAAUAAAAAGAUGCUUACUCCAGAUGAACAAAAAUGUGAAGAAUUCUAUAAAACUACUACCUCGAGGCAAGAAGAUGGAAGGUACGUAGUAAGAUUGCCGUUCCGUAUCGAAGAUCCUCAAUUCGAAAAUACACGUGCUAUAGCUGAAAUGAAAUUUAAGUCAUUAGAAAAAAGAUUACAAAAGAAUAAAAAAUUAAAACAACAAUAUACAGAUGUAAUAAAUGAAUACUUACAGUUAGAUCAUAUGAGGCCUGUAAAAGAGGGUGACAACAAAAAGAAAGUGGCGGUUUACUUACCUCAUCACGCUGUUAUUCGAAACGACAAAACCACAACCAAAGUUCGAGUAGUAUUUAAUGCCUCUGAAAAAUACGGUAAAGAUGUUUCGUUAAAUGAUACCUUGAUAGCUGGUCCAACGUUGCAGGCUGAUUUGAGAUACACAGUGAUGAAAUGGAGGGUUUAUCCUAUUGGUCUCGUGGCUGAUAUUGUUAAAAUGUAUCGCCAGAUAAGGAUAGCUGAAAAAGACACUAUGUACCAAAGAAUACUAUGGCGAAAAGACCCUAAAGAAGAAAUUAAGGAUUACGAGUUGCUAACGGUCACAUUUGGUACGGCUUCAGCACCAUACCAGGCAGUUAGAACUCUGCACCAGAUCGUGUAUGAUGAAGGUGAAAAAUACUCAAACGCUGCUGAUAGGGUUUUAAAUAGUUUCUACAUGGAUGAUUUGAUGACAGGAUGCUAUAGUAUUGAGGAGGGUGUAGAAAUAUAUAAAGAAAUGACAGAAUUAUUAGGAAAAGGUGGAAUGUUAUUACAAAAGUGGAAUAGUAAUGAUCAGGAGCUAUUAAAAAGGAUAAGUUCAGUAGGAAUUGAAAAAGAUCUAAGGAAAGCGGAUACAGCAAAAAUAGAAACUAAAGCAAAACAAGGACAAAUAGGAAAUGACAAGGAAAGGGUUAUAGAGGAUAAGGAUGUAGAUAUAAAAAUAGAUAACAUUAUUAAGAUUUUAGGACUUACUUGGAACCGUAGUAAAGACACAUUCCAGUACACGGUGAAUCUCCCGCAGCUAACAAAUACACCUGUAACAAAAAGAGCUGUAAUUUCAGACAUAGCAAGAUUAUUUGAUCCUCUGGGAUGGUUGGCUCCAAGCAUCGUGUUAGCAAAAAUAUUUAUUCAAAAAUUAUGGCUUGCAGGAAUCGGUUGGGAUGAACAAUUAAGCACGGAUCUGGUACAAGAAUGGCAUACUUACCGUCAGGAACUAUCUCUUCUUACCAAGGUUAUGCUACCACGAUGGCUUGGCACUAACCCAAACGAUGAUCUUGAGCUUCACGGGUUCUGUGACGCUUCCAAGACUGCCUAUUCAGCGGUAGUAUACUUGCGAAUGAUUGAUGUCACAGGUAAGAUCAAGGUUGCUUUGUUGGUGGCGAAAACUAGAGUUGCUCCUAUCAAGCAGAUCAGUAUUCCUCGCUUAGAAUUGUGUGGGGCAGUUCUUCUUUCAAAGUUGUUGAUAGAAACCGCAGAAGUAUUGAAGGUCUCAUCCAAUAAACUUUACGCUUGGACGGAUUCCACUAUUGUUUUGGCUUGGCUUAACAGUCACCCAAGCAGAUGGAAGACAUUCGUGGCAAAUCGCACGUCAGAAAUAUUGUCAUCCAUGCAACCAACUCAGUGGUUUCAUGUGUCAACCACAGAAAACCCAGCAGACGGUGCUUCACGAGGAGUUUUACCCAGCUUACUUCUUGGGGAUACACUAUGGUUUUCUGGACCGACAUUUCUAAGGGCAAAAUUAAAUAUAAAAAGUAAAAGAUCAGAAGAAUUUAAAACAGAAUUAGAACAAUCAGUUAAAGUUCACGUUGCAGUAACAUCAACUAACGAUUGUGACAUAUUUACAAGAUUUUCAUCUUUAUCUAAACUUCUUAGAGUAAUAGCAUAUUGUCGUCGUUUCUUGAAUAAACGAUCUAUCAAAACAGAGUAUUUACAGAAGAAAGAAAUAGACCAGGCAUUAGAAUGCUGUAUUAGAAAAACUCAAGAAAGGAUAUUUACAGAAGAAUACACGCAAUUACAGGAGAAAGGAUUUUUACAACUAAAAUCAAGUAAAUUAAAGUCGCUCUGCCCUUAUUUAGACGAUAAAGGUUUGAUUAGGAUUCAAGGGAGGUUAGAAAAGUCUUCUUUAAAUGAGGAAAUGAAGCACCCAAUAGUGUUACCAAACAAUGCUCAUUUUACUCACCUUAUAAUAGACGACGCACAUACUAAAACCCUUCAUGGAGGUCCUCAGCUGAUGCUGAACUAUUUAAGAACAGCCUAUUGGAUCCUUGGAGUUAGGAAUUCGGUGAAGCAACACGUUCGAAAAUGUGUAACAUGUGCCAAACAAAGAGCCAGUACCAAGGCUCAAUUGAUGGGCGACUUACCGUCUGUCAGAUGCACUCCUGCGAGGCCAUUCUUGCAUAGUGGGGUUGACUAUGCGGGCCCUAUAAAUGUUAGGACGACGAAAGGGCGUGGUCACCAUUCGUAUAAGGGCUAUAUAUGUUUGUUUGUUUGUAUGUCUACUCGCGCUUUGCAUCUCGAAGUAGUUAGCGAUAUGAGCACACAAGCAUUUCUAGCAGCAUUUAGACGAUUUGUGGCUAGACGGGGUCAUUGUGCUAAAUUAUAUAGCGAUAACGGCACCAAUUUUGUAGGUGCUGCUAGAGAAUUGCAACAAUUAACACAUUGCCAGGCUUCUAUAGCAAAACAUUUAGAGGCUAAUAAUACAGAAUGGCAUUUCAUUCCUUCUCAUGCACCUAAUUUUGGGGGUCUGUGGGAGGUAGGAGUGAAAUCUACCAAAUUUCACCUAAAAAGGGUCAUCGGUGAUGCAACACUCACCUAUGAGGAGCUAACAACUCUUCUUAACCAAGUUGAAGCGUGUCUAAAUUCGCGACCGAUUAGUGUGAUUAACCUGAAUGAUCCUGACGAACCGAUACCAUUGACACCGGGACAUUUUUUAAUAGGAGAACCAUUAAUAUCAAUUCCAGAAUAUAAGGAUUAUGAAAGUUCAAAUGUAUAUUCUCUAACACGUUGGCAAUUUGUUCAACGGAUGCUGCAAUCAUUUUGGAGACGCUGGUCUCAAGAAUAUUUAAGCAACUUGAUGCAUCGAUACAAAUGGUCUUCUAAAACUCAAGAACCGAAGGUCGGAGACAUAGUUCUCAUAAAGGAAGACAAUUUGCCCCCUAGUCGAUGGUUAAUGGGUCGUAUUUUGGAAAAGCAUCCCGGUGAUGAUAAAGCCUCCGGUGGGGCCCCCGGAAGGAUCAGUGUGGACUCAAUGAGAGUCGGAUAUGACAAAGGCAACGUAUCAGACAGGUACGGGUGUCUAAAGGCCUCACUGAACAACGAGGUCAUUAUAUACGAAGACAGGGGGGAGGAUCUAGGCUACCUAAAACCCAAGAUUAGGACAUCUAAACUCCCCGCAUCGCCGGCUCUUGAAGAGCCCACACCCAGUGGAUCGGAGCGCCUACAGAAACAGGUCGAGGCCCAAAAGGCUGAGUUAAGCAAUCGGACAAAAGCCACACCGAAACCGAGCCUGAUGUUGAUGGCGAAGUUUAUCCAAUCGACGAUCUCCCCAAAACGAGGCAAAAAACCGCCCCAUUUGUCCCCCAAUCAGGUCGAUACAAGAGAGCGGCAAAUUAAGGCGUUGAAAAGGUUCACCGAGGACGAAAGUUCGAAGCACCCGGAGGCGCCACCAACUGUUCGAACAAGGGCCGAUAUGGGGCAAGUAACACCACCAAAACUUCGACCAGCGUCCACACCGUCUGAACACCCGCAAAAUGCCCUUACCGAGUUCCUGGCCAUAACAAAGGAGUUAGCCACUGAGCUGGAGCCUGUUUCAUCCUUACUGGUCUUACAGGUGCAUGUGCAACUUGAUCAGUUCAGUAGUCAAUGA